GAGGCGGGGCCGACUUCGAGGCGGGGCCAGUGGGCAGGUAAAGUUGAGGAGCGGAGAGGCACCGGUUUCGUUCGCUGGUCAGUUCGGUGAUCGGUGCCUCUGGACCGGCUGCCAUGGCCACGUUAGUGAAGAAAAUUAUCAGCACUGCGAAGGCUCCUGCUGCUAUAGGGCCUUACAGUCAAGCAGUGUUAGUAGACCGGACCAUGUAUAUCGCAGGACAGCUAGGCAUGGAUCCUGCAAGUGGGCAGCUUGUACCUGGAGGAGCAAAGGAGCAAGCCAAACAGGCCCUUCAAAAUAUUGGAGAAAUUCUGAAAGCUGCUGGUUGUGACUAUGGCAAUGUGGUAAAGACUACAGUGCUGAUGGCUGAUAUGAAGGAUUUUGAUGAUGUUAAUGAAAUCUACAAGCAAUUUUUCAAAUGCAACUUUCCAGCCAGAGCAGCUUAUCAAGUUGCUGCUCUUCCAAAAGGUGCACGUGUUGAGAUAGAAGCUGUUGCCGUCCAUGGACCCCUCCAGGAUGCCUCAGCAUGACUAUAAACCUAGUGCCUCUGUAUUUUUUAUGGUUCAAUCUCACUUGUUGUAGGGCCCAGUUCUCUCCACUGGCUUCUUUCCAGAACUAGUUGUCUUCAGGAAUGGAAACCCAACUGAGGUCUUCUGAUAGGUGAUACUACUUACACAGAGCCCCCUCCCUCUUGGCACCCAUCCCAUUUUAUCAUUAAGGUUGUAUGGGAUUUAAUAUUUUGAAGAAAACCAUGAAUGGGACUAGAAGUUAAAUGUUCAGGAGGAAUGUUAACUAAUAAACCAGUUUCAUAAAGUUUCAUA